AUGUCAAACCCAAAUGCCUAUGUAGAGGCCUUUUUAACGAAAAAGCCUAAAGAAGGUAUCACCAUUGCACAGACCAGGCUGAAAGAUGCCAUGGCGCUUGACAUGGAAUUAGCCGAGUACUUUAAAGAGAGAUCUCAAAUUGAAGAAACAUAUGCCAAAAGUUUGGCAAAAGCAUCCAAACGAUUGUAUAUAAUGGAUCCAGGUGUCUUGGGACACUUUGCACCUGUUUGGGAAUUGCUACUGAAGGAGUUCAACCAGGUAGCCAACUAUCACUCUGAAAUGGCUCACAGAGUAUCUCAAACCAUUGAGAAGCCCUUACGAGCAUCACCCUCUGAAGAUUAUCAUCGAUUGCAACAGCUGGAGCCUCUCAUUCAGUCCCUUGAAAACAAAAACAAAUUGUCCUCUGUCAAAGGAUCUCUUUUCAAGAAAUCACGAAACUUAACUUCCAGCGCAAAAAGUGGAUCAUGGCAACACGAAGGCAUAGCGUAUUUGGAUUUACAUCAAAAGCUGGACCAAGCACGACUCACCAGAUUAAAGACGCUUGUGCAGGAUUUCGAAAAGAUCCAAUCCGAGCAGUUGAUGAAACGAGUCGAGAUGGCCAGCAUAACACUCUCUGCGGCUGAAGUGUUUGAUGUCGAACAUGAUAUCGAUGAUUUCUGCAGGGAGAGAGGAAAGGGUCUCCACACGUUGGAAUACGGUGGUCAGAGCACUGCCGCCAAUAGCAGUAGACAAAGAUCUUCAACAAUGAGCUCGCAUGAUUCUCAUCGUUCCACAAACAAAUUCAAAUCUGUAUUCAUGAAGAAGAAAAAGAUAGACGAUGGCAGCCUCUCUUCGCAACAGCAUGGUGGGUAUGCAGAUGUUCAAGAAGAAGAGGAUACGCCCUCACCGCAGACAUCAUUUGCCGCGGACAGCACACCAGCACCUGUGCCUGAGCAUAAGCAUGCCCCGGCUCCAACUGAAUCCACCUCAACGCCCACCACAAACAGCGCUCCAUUAGUAGAUGCAGAAGGAUUUUCGAUACCGCAGAGUAAUAACAGUUUUCCUACCAUUGCCUCCGAUAUUUCAUCGCGCAAUACAUCAGAAGACCUAGACUCUGAUUUCCAGAGCUUGAAACUGAACCAAAAGUUGCAAAUCAAUAUCAAGGACGAUGCAGUGCAAGAGGAAUCAAGAGAGGCAAAUGAAUCCUUUAACAAGAUGGCCAGCAUGCUACGUGAGCGAACACCAACUGUCACUCGAAGGGCCCGAGGCAGAAGAGACACUGUGAAUCGAUCUCAAACCGAGUCCAGCUUAUUCUCCUCUGCAUCCAAUUACGGACUAGAGAACCCAAGAGCAAAUUCAAUGAUUUCCACUUCAUCCAACGAUACAAGCAACUCCAAUCCAUUCAUGACAGCUCCGUCACCUAUUGUGUCCCACCACCCUUUCCAUGCGGCCUACGGUGUCCCGCCACAAACGCAAUCACCAUCUGUGGCCAACACAGGAGUAACAUUGAGUGAUGCACCGGUGAAUUGGCUUCAGCCUAUACCUGAAGUCAACCAUCAACAGCAGCCACAACCACAACCACAGUAUCUAUCUGUCUCCAUCUUGGAAAAAACUACACUCACUAGUCCAGAUACCUUGCUGAUUUCAGGUCAAAUCAUGGUGUCCUAUCAUGGCUCUGCUUCAACCUCGCCCAUCCUACUGCAGUUGCACCACAUGGACAGCAUGCAGCAGUUUUCACCUAACCCACAGUACAUCACACAACAAGCGGAUGGUGUCUAUCUACUCAACACCAGCCAGUUCCAAAGCGAGAGUCCUGUGCCAUGUUUCGCCUAUGAGAUCAACAGCAGUGCUCUGGCAUUGCCAGUCCGACUCAUGCCUUCCUGGAAAUGUGUAGACGGUAUAUCCUACUUGAUGAUCAAGCACAACAAGAAUGCGGUCCUGAAUCCGAGUAAGCUGAGUGGCCAUGUCUAUGUAAACAUGCCAGAUCAGCAAGUGACCAAUGUGCAAAGCACGCCACAAGGGACCUGGGAUGUAGCCAAGCAUCGUCUGACGUGGAACGUGAGUGAUUUGUUGGAACAAUAUGGCGAUACUUCUUCUUCUUCUUCUUCGCAGCAGCAGCAGCAACGAUUGCUAGCCAAGUUCUAUGUGGAUGGACAUGGCUCACCUCAACCAGUGCAUUUGAAUUAUCAAUGGCAUGAUACAUUGGCAUCAGGCUUAUCCGUUACAUGUGGUUCAUUGGAGAUCAAACAUAUGAAUACAGCAGUUCAAUCGCAUCAGAUUGUGUACAUGUAG